UCUCUCUCUCUCUCUCUUCAAUGCAAUACGUUUUCUUAAAUAAAUAAAAAACACAUACUUUCUCUGUUUCAGUGUUUUGCAUUUAUUUUCGAUUUUUUUGUAACGUAAAGAAAAGGCAGAGAUGGAUAUCGGAGGAGAGUGGAGCUCGACGGAAAUUGUGGUUUGCGGAUUUUUUCGAUGACGGAGGUUGUUUGUCAGAGAAUGCUUAAGCACGAGGAAGAAGAUUCGCCGGAGAAAUGCCGGGAGCGCCGGCGCCGGAGAAUCGAGAUGAGAAGGCUGGCGGCGAUAUCGGCUGCGAGUUCGCCGACGCCGACGCCGAGCCCGAACCGGAAGGAGAAUCCUAACUGGGCGGAUUGCUCCUCUGCAGUGUCGAAGCGGAUUCGGACGGCGGAGAAUAGUGAUUUACAGGCUACAGCGGCGGCGUCGUCUUCGCCGUCGUCUUCAGGAGAUUACAGAGAGGCCUCGUCGGAGCCGGAGAGGAAACCGGUUUUCGGGACUAUGUCGGUGGCCGGAAGGUCACGUGAGAUGGAGGACGCCAUAGCCGUUAGGACCAGACUUUGCCGACCGGAGAUAAGUGGCCGGCGAUCAGUGCACUUUUUCGCUGUGUUUGAUGGCCAUGGAGGACCUCAUGUGGCGGCAUUGUGUAGAGAAAGGAUGCACGUGUUUGUGAAAGAGGAGCUGAAGCGCGUGGGACGCAGAGGAGAGAGCGAGAGUGGGAGAGGUAACAGUAGCUCGAAAGAGGAGCACGAUGAAGAAGAGGAGGAGGAGGGAUUGGAAGAGAGGUGGAGGAGAGUGAUGAGGAAGAGUUUCGAGAGAAUGGAUGCUGUAGCAUUAAGCACGUGCGCGUGCGGGUGCGUGGGAUACAAGUGUGGGUGCCACCUUGCUGAGGUGGCGCUAGGUGGCUCCACCGCCGUGGUGGCACUUCUAACGCCCGACCACAUUGUCGUCGCUAAUUGUGGUGACUCACGCGCCGUCCUUUGCCGUGGAGGAGUCGCUAUUCCUCUUUCCCAAGAUCACAAGCCUGAUAGAUCAGAUGAACUGGCCAGAAUUGAAGCUGCUGGGGGUCGAGUCAUCUUUUUGAAUGGAGCUCGAGUUGCAGGCAUUCUUGCAAUGUCCCGUGCAAUAGGGGAUAAGUAUCUCAAACCAUUUGUAACAUCAGAGCCUGAGAUAACAUUUACAAAACGAGAACCAGAAGAUGAGUGCUUAAUCCUCGCAAGUGAUGGCUUGUGGGAUGUUCUUUCAAGUGAAUUAGCUUGUGACGUGGCACGGGAAUGUCUUCGAGAAGUAACUCCUGCUCCUGAUGCUGCAAUAGACCUCAAUUCUGGGCCUCGGAUAGAAGAUGAAGGGGCCGGUGCAUUGUAUCCAUCUCGAAGUGUACUUGCAGCUGCACUGCUGACUCGCCUUGCUUUGGGACGAAAGAGCUCUGAUAACAUAAGUGUCAUAGUUGUUGAUCUGAAGAAGAGCUGAGGGGAAAAUAGAAUAGAAAAGUUAAACUUCAUGUUGAUGGGAAAAAAGUGGGGUAAAAAAACAUGCACAGAUAUGUUGCAUUGAAGAAUAUUUGCCAUGAGAUAGAUGAAAAGAAUUUCAUUGCCUCUUCUGGCAUCAUUUGCUAUGUAUAUUGCAUUCUUUUUCUGUUCUGAUCAAUCACGGUUCUCCACAAAAUUGACUGUGGAAUGCUGUAGAGAAAUGUAUAUAUAUUGCAUUCUUUUGCUCUUCU